AUGGCAAGCUCAAUUCUGCGCAUGCGUGCGCUGCACGCCUCCCGCCAAGCGCGCUGCUUCAGCACCACGUCCCGCCAGUAUGCUGCGGAGGUCAAGCAGCUCGGCGUAGUCGGCGCCGGCCAGAUGGGUCUCGGAAUUGCUCUCGUUGCCGCGCAAAGGGCCAAUGUGCCCGUCACCAUCGUGGAUGCCUCGGACAAGGCCCUCUCCAGGGGCCUCGCCUUUGCUGACAAGCUCCUCGCCAAGGAUGUCGCCAAGGAGAGAAUCACAAAGGACCAGGCCACCGAGAUCCGCGCCCGCCUGACCGGCACCACCAAGGUCGACGAUCUCUCCUCGGUCGACUUCGUCAUCGAGGCCGUCCCCGAGAUCCCCCAGCUCAAGUUUGACAUUUUCGCCGACCUCGCGCGCAUCUGCCCGGCGCACGCCAUCCUUGCCACCAACACCUCGUCCAUCUCCAUCACCAAGAUCGCCGCCGCCACCACCGCCGACCCGACCGACACGUCGGCCUCGUCGCGCGUCGUGUCCACGCACUUCAUGAACCCGGUCCCCAUCCAGAAGGGCGUUGAGAUCAUCAGCGGCCUGCAGACCAGCAAGGAGACGCUCGACACCGCCGUCGAAUUCUGCAAGAAGAUGGGCAAGGUCACCUCCGUCUCGGCCGACACGCCGGGCUUCCUGGCCAACCGCAUCCUCAUGCCGUACAUCAACGAGGCUGUCAUCUGCCUCGAGACCAAUGUCGGCGACCGCGACUCCAUCGACGCCAUCAUGAAGAACGGCACCAACGUGCCCAUGGGCCCACUCCAGCUCGCCGACUUCAUCGGCCUCGACACGUGCCUGUCCAUCAUGAAGGUGCUCUACACCGAGACGGGCGACUCCAAGUACCGCCCCAGCGUGCUGCUUGGGAAGAUGGUAGACGCUGGUUGGCUCGGCAAGAAGAGCGGCAAGGGUUUCUACGAAUACUAA